AAGGGUUGCUACACACAUAGGCGGGUCGGCACUGUCGGUUCGGCAGCAUUUGUCGAUCAACAAAGCCGACCCGAAGUAAUCACUGCACUUGUUCGGCUUUAUUCGGCUUGUGCCGAUCGGGUAGUUCAUUCGAGUAAACGCAUCAUUCGAUUCGGCAACUGCCGAACGGUAUUUGUGGAACGAAAAAGCCGACUCGCAACUACUACUACAACAUUCGGUUUCAUUCGGCUUGUGCCGAUCGGGUAUAUACGUAGUUCAUUCGGGUUCAAUCGGCACAAUUCGGUUUUCAUUCGGGCGUCACGCGUCGGCGUCGUCUCUGAAUGUUUGUGGUCAUUUUGUACAUGCUUGUCGUAGUAUACACACGUAAAAUGGAGUGGUCGCAGGAAAAAACAAUCCAAUUUAUCGAGUGCUAUCGGUCUUACCCGUUGUUAUGGGAUUCAAAAGACGAAUUCUAUAAAAAUAAAAUCAAAAGACAUGAUGCCUUAGUAGAAAUUGCAGCAAAGUUUGAAGUCGAAAAAGUUGAAGUUGAGAGAAAAAUUAAAAACCUCCAAAGUCAUUUUUUAAGGGAAAAAAAGAAAGAACAAGACAGCAAAAAGAGUGGAUCUGGGGCCGAUGAAUCAUUUACUUCGAAAUGGUUCGCCUACAAAUCUUUAUUAUUUUUAUCAUCCAGAAAUAAACCUCGCAAGACUAUGGAUUCGCAAAUGAUUGAUUACACUGCUGAAGACAGCUUAGAUAGUACGACUGCUUGCACUGAAACCUCAGAUGAAUGCCGAAAGCGUUCACGCAACGUGGGGAAUGUCAACGAAAAAAUUUCGAGUGCAUAUUCUAUUAUGACGGAGGUAUACAAAAAUCGGAGUGACAAAGAUGAAUUCUCCUUGUUCGGUGACCAAGUAGCUGUGAAGUUGAGAAAAAUUUAUUGUCCUUACGCAAGACUUACUUUGCAAAAUAAAAUAAAUACCCUUCUAAUGGAGGGGGAACUCGGAGUAUACGACUCAUAUAAUUACUAUCGACCAGACACAAGUACCAGCUCUGCAACUAAUGAUGGUACUAAUAACUUUGUGCCAGAUUCUGACAAACAAGGAUAUAUUUCCAUAAAUAACAAUAAACCAGCUUUGAUUGAUAAUUCUCAAGAAACGCAGCUUUCCGUUCCUAAAGUUAUUGCAGAAGAACAAUCACGUGAUCCUUUAGCUUAAUGUCGUGCAUUUAGUUUGUUCAAAGCAACAUGCUAAAAAUGUGGUGUUUAUGUUGAUUUAUGAUGGAUGAUAGUUCUUAAGCGACGCAACUUUCCAUUCCUGAAAUUAUUACGGAGUAAUAUUCGCGUGACUGAUAAUUUUUUAGUUAAAAGCUAGAUGCUAAAGUUAUUUUAUGUUGACUUUAUUUGUUAAUUUUAUUUGUGAUUGAUUUCGUAAUACCAAAAAAUGUUUCCAUUUUUUUUAAUAAAUAAAAAAAUAAAUGCAGAUUCUAAUUUCGAAUAUGUUCCUUUAACCCAACAAUUAAUCACCUUGAAUUAUUUCUUACCUGCAUA